AUGUAUCAUCGAUGGAAUCUCAAUCAAUAUAUAACUUACAUUUUAUUAACACUUGUUUUUCUUUCAUCAUGGACAGAUAUAAAUGGAAUAUUUGCUGAAUUACCACAAAUUGUUUUAACUCAACCUGAAAGUUGGAAAUUAGGUGCAAAUCUUGCAUUAAUUACAAAUCUUGGUAAUAUUGCACCAUUUAUACUUGUUCUUAUUAAAUGUUUUCAUCGAAAACAUAAACUUAAUCCAAUACCAAUUAAUUACAUUGUUAUACUUAUUGGUAUGAUUUCAUGUUUUUUAUUAAUUUUCUUUUGGUCACGUACAACAAUUAUUAUUAAUGAAAAACUUUCAUUUGCUGAUUAUAUACAUAAAUUUCGAAAAGAAUUUACAAAUACACUUUUUCUUGGAGAAAGUCUUACAUCUAUAUUACCAAGUUUAUUAGCAAUUGCACAAGGUAAUGGUCAAAUUCAUUGUAUUCAAAUAAUGAAUGGAACAAAUAUAACUGAAGCUAUUUAUGAAAAUGCACGAUUUUCAGUAUCAAUCUAUUUUCUAUGUUUACUUAUUCUUUUAACUAUUUCAUUUAUAUCAUUUAUACUUUUACAAUGGACAUCUAUUGCACGUAAUACACAUCAAAUCAUAUCAGAUACAACAUUAGAAACAAUGGAUACAAUUAAUAAACAAAAAGAAAAAUCUUUAACGAAUUUAUCAUAUAUUCUUCUUUUAUUAGGAUGUACUUAUACAAGUUCAAUUUUAUUUGGAAUGAUUCUUUCAAUUUCAACAUAUGUUCUAAUGCCUUAUGGACAUCAAAUUUUUUAUUUAGGAACAAUUAUUUCACCAUGGAUGUUAACACUUGUUUGGAUAUUUGGAAUGAUAAAACCUAUUUUAUCUAAACGUUAUAUAUUAAUUUUCAUUUUAUUUGGAUCAUUAACAUUUAUAUUUAGUAUGUAUGUUUCAUUUAAAAGUCCUUGUCCACCAUGGGUUGAUACAACUAAAGGUAGUAUUUUAAUAUUAAUUAUAUGGCUUAGUACUUAUUUAUUAUUGGGUUAUCCUCGUUUGAUUAUUGCAAAUUAUGUACGAACAUAUUCAUCUAAUGGAAUGUUUUGGUUUGGUGUUAAUGUACAAUUAGGUGCAUUAAUUGGAUCUAUUGUUGCUUAUCUUUUAGUUGAAACAUUUUCAUUAUUUCGUGAACGAAUUCCAUGUGAACAAAUUAUUUGUUAA